UCAGUUCAGUUUUUGCAAAACUCUCCGCCAGAAUAUGAUGAAAUUUGCUGCUCUGCUCACCCUGCUGCUCGGUUUUGGGGCCGCUCAGGAACCCCGGCGGGAUGCUGAGUAUCCACCGCCAGCGAUUCUGAAAUUGGCCCAACACUUUCACGAUAUUUGUGCACCCAAAACUGGUGUCACGGAUGCGGCCAUCAAGGAGUUUAGCGACGGGGAAAUACACGAGGACGAGAAUCUCAAGUGCUACAUGAACUGUCUGUUCCACGAGUUCGAUGUGGUGGAUGAUAAUGGCGAUGUGCAUAUGGAGAAACUAUUCAAUGCCGUUCCAUCGGAAAAGUUACGCAACGUUUUGAUGGAGGCCUCCAAAGAUUGCAUUCAUCCGGAGGGCGACACGUUGUGCCACAAGGCCUGGUGGUUCCAUCAGUGCUGGAAGAAGGCCGAUCCUGUCCACUAUUUCUUGGUCUAAAAUGUAAAAUGUUCCUAUUACAUUUGUGUAGUUGCGAAUGUGUGUUUAUAUUUAUCUCAAUAAAGGUUAAAGGUUCGUUAAAAUA